CGGGUCUCCCUCUCAGCGGGCGGAGACGGGCCGGCUCCUCCUCCCUUCCUCCGCAUCUCGUCUCCGAGCUCGCCGUGCCGGGGCACAGCCGAGUGGGAUGGCGCGCGAGGAGGUGGCGAUGGCUAGUGAAGAGGCGGCGGUGGCCGAGGGGGGCAGCCUGCUGCUGGACAUUGUGGGCUCCCCGCUCAACCUGAGCCUGCUGGGCCUCUGCCUCUUCCUGCUCUACCAGAUCCUGCGGGGCGAGCGGCCCGCGGCGCCGGGGGGCGACACGGACCCGCCGCCGCUGCCCAAGAUGAAGCGUCGCGAUUUCACACUGGCGGAGCUGCGGCCCUACGACGGGGUGCGCGAUCCCCGUAUCCUCAUGGCCGUCAACGGCAAAGUCUUCGACGUGACCCGCGCCAGGAAGUUCUACGGGCCCGAGGGCCCGUAUGGGAUUUUUGCUGGAAGAGAUGCAUCCCGAGGUCUUGCCACUUUCUGCCUGGAUAAGGAGGCUCUGAAGGAUGACUAUGAUGACCUCUCUGAUCUCAACGCUACACAGCAAGAGACCUUGAGAGACUGGGAGUCACAAUUCACUUUUAAGUAUCACCAUGUUGGUAAGCUGCUGAAGGAAGGGGAGCAACCCACUGUGUACUCUGAUGAUGAAGAAAAGGAUGCCAAGAAAGAGUAGAGGGUGCACUGAGGAAUAAUCUGGGUUUGAAUCAUAAAGGAUCAUUUGUAACAUUCCACUUCUGUUUUACAAAUUGCAACAGCAGCAAUGCUUACAAAAGGUCCAGAGGUACAGUUUGUUUCUUUUCAAAGGUUUCCUUUUCAAAUUUAGUGGUAAACUACUAAAUGUCUUAAGAUCUGUCUUCCUUCAAACCUGCAUAAUUGAAAGUAUGCACACAAAAUGUCUGUGCAAAAGUAAACUGCGAUUUUGGCAAUAAAGAACUUACUGUUUUUUCUCCUACACCAUUUAGUGCACAGUAGGUUGACAUUCAGUUUUUCAUUUACAGCCUAGCACUGUCAACACAAGCACAAGAGUAACUUCACAUAUGCAACACAAAUUCCACUAAGUCUUGUUUUGUGUUAGCUUCUGCACGACCUGGGCCUUGAGUUGUAAUUCCUUUAGGAAAAGGACUGCUAUUUUAUUUGUCCAUGAAGCAUCAUGCUCAGAGUAAUUCAAUAUUAGGUAAGAUAAUUUGGCUUUUAUGGAGUUACACAGUGUCUUACACUAACUGCUUUAGAAAAAGAAUUUUGGAGAGGUUAAAUUACUUUUAGAAUAAAGAAUACUUAAUGUAUUCAGUCAUGCAUAAUUAUGCAUGUAUUAAUAUUCUUUGUUUACUUUUAAAGCACAUCUGAUGUGUUACAAAGGUUUAGAUACCAAGUGUAACUUGGCAUCCCUACAAACAGAUACACCAUGAAGUGUGACUUGACUGGACUGGACUACUAGUCAUUCACUUUUGGUAAGGUUCUUCUGUGAAUUUUAAUGAUAUGGUAUUAAGCCUGGAAGAUCAGCUGCUAUCAGCUAGGCCUAAACAAGAAAACUUGGUUGGUAUGGCACGACUAACAAGUGCUCUUGUACAUCCAGUUUUUAACUAGCAGAAAAAUAUUACUGCUCAAAGUAACCUAGGCAAGUUUCCCAUACAAAAUAAACCAACAUGGUGUAAGCUGGUUCUGUGUUGAGGCCUUUGCUGCUUUGGAACGUUGCCAUUAAAUGGCACGAUUCUGUGCGUAAGCUGCAAUGCUACACCUGAGGGACCUGACCUUUGAAUUGCCUUUUACUUACUUGUUCUCUUAGCUCAUAUCUAUGCUCAGUGACUAGAGCUUGUUCUAACUAUGUAGCCUAGUCUCCUGCCAGGGCUGGGUGGGGCUGGGUAAGUGGAUUUGACCAAAGGAAAACAUAAAUGUGUUCCUUUAUCAUCCAAAAUACUUUGUAUACUUUUUCAGAAAUUCCAAGGAGAUAGCUAAGUCAUAAAGGUGGGGUUUUGGUAGGUGAUUCUGCCUGGGUACCUGCCUGGCACAGUUCUCCCUGUUUAGUUCCUCUAGCUGGGCUGUCCAGCCCAUCUGUUUCAAUUUGGCAACACGACCAAAAUGCUGAACUGAGUCCUGUGUGGGAAGGUGUAAGCUAGGAAAACUGCUCAGAAAUAAAAGUGCAUUGCACAAUGGCAGCUUUCAGAAACAAGUUGACACAACAUGCUCAAGUGCCUGAGACCAUCUGUGGUGAGAACAAAUGACAUUCCCUCAGUCCUAACACUGUCAUGGCAUUUUCUUUUGGUUACCUGGGCCUUCAAAUGAGGAGUGUGGGUUUUGGGGCCAGAUAGCUUAUGUAAAGUGCUACUGUAUGAACUACCUAAGGAAGGUCUAGAGACAAAUGCAAAUCUUGUUGUGACCUUUGUGUUGCUGUUUUAGAGACAUUUAUACUCUUUGCAAACUACUAAUGAUGGUUUACCUCAAAUCAGGAAUGUGCUUUUAU